UGGCUCACGCAGGACCCGCUGGGGAACAGCGACCCGGGAAGUGAGCCCCGUGUGCAGCUUCAGCCUUCUUCAUUCUCCCUCCGGGUCUCCAAGGACCUUAACCUGGAGUUCGGCGCAAAGUGAGCUCCUGGCUGGUGAGUCGACCUUCUCAGCGGGCCCCCAGGCAGCCAUGGACGCGGGUCUCUCGGGCCUGCCCCUGGUGUCUCAGGGUCUCGGCAAGUCCCUGCGCGGAGCCGUGCGCGCCAGGGGUCCGGCCCUCCGGAGGCAGCGGGAGUUCACGCCGGAAGAGAAGAAGGACACGGUCUACUGGGAGAAGCGGAGGAAGAACAACGAGGCGGCCAAGCGCUCCCGGGAGAAGCGGCGCCUCAACGACGCGGCCCUCGAGGGCCGGCUGGCGGCGCUGCUGGAGGAGAACGCGCUGCUCCGGGCCGAGCUGUGGGCGCUCCGGCACCGCUUCGGCCUCCUGCCCUCCGCCCUGCCCCUGCCGGCCGUGCUGUGGGAGGCCCCCUGGGCCGGAGCCCCCUCCCUCCCCGGCCCCCACGGCUGCGUUUGGAGGCCGUGCGCCCUGGACACCGGGGUCCCGGGGUGUGCCUGCUGCCCCGUGACUCACAGGUGCACCGUCCUGGCCGCCUCCCCCAGGUGCCCCCAGGACCCCGCCCCCAAGAGAACGGAUGUGGCCUUGCCAGCUGGCCUCCCAGCGGCCUUCUUCAGCUGCCCACUCCUGGAUGGGCCUGGGGGGGCCAGGCCGGAGCGCAGGGCCUUCUGGAGGCUGUGGUCAGCCUCGCCCCCGGGUUGCCGGGCUUCGGGGCCCUCAGACGUGCUGCCGCCAGCCUCUGCUGAGCCCACGGGUCUGCCUGCCCCCGUGGCCUGUCCUGUCCCCGGGGACGAUUCUGAGGGCCAGCCCUCCCUGCCCCACAAACUGCGGGUCAAGUCCCACACCCCCAGCAGAGUGCCUCCAGGGUGGGCGGAGGGCCCCGACCCUCUGUGA